AUGCAAGACCUUCCAAGUAUCCGCUGGGGCAUCGUGGCCACCGGCUUAAUUUCAUCUUGGUUCGUCCAAGACAUUGUCAUGUCACGCCCAGACGCCAAGGUCAACCACAUCAUCACAGGUAGCUCGAGUCUCGACAAAGGAAAAGCCUUCGCAAAAGAACACUGCCCAACCCACUCCCCGGCCAUCUACGGCAGCUACCAAGAGGUAUACGAUGAUGCCAACGUCGAUCUUGUGUACAUCGGCACACCCCACGGAUUCCACAAGCAAAACUGUCUGGACGCCAUCGCCGCAGGCAAGAAUGUCUUCUGCGAAAAAGCCUUCACCCUCAACGCCCGCGACGCCAAGGAAGUCUUCGCCGCCGCCAAACAAAAGAACGUGUACGUGGCUGAGGCCAUGUGGCUGAGGCAUCGACCGCUCGUACACGAUCUCCGACGGAUGCUGCACAAGGAAAAGGUCAUUGGCGAGAUUUUCCGCGCCUUUUCCGACUUUGGAAAUGACAAGGACGUGCCGAACCUUCCAGAGACGUCGCGGUACAGACAGUCGGCGCUGGGGGCUGGCUCCCUGCUUGACCUGGGCAUCUACUCCCUCACCUGGAUCAUCAUGGCGCUGGAGCCUGAGAACCCUGAAAGGACGGAGCGGCCGAUGAUUCUGGCGUCGCAGACACACUGGGAGGAUGUUGAGCUGAUGACGAGUGCCAUCAUCCGCUAUCCCUCCGGGCGGCAGGGCAUCGUCACCUCGACGACCCUGACGAAUGGAAACCCAGACAUGCUUGCGAGGAUUCACGGUGUCAACGGUUCUGUCGAGGUACACGGCUCGUGUCCGUCCGCCCCCGUUGCUUUCACAGUGUAUCCCAAAUUCACGGGAGAAUCAGGAGAAGACGCGGUACGAGGCCAAGGCACAACAUACAAAUAUCCCGUCCCUGGGCGCGGCUACCAGUUCGAGGCGGACAGUGCAGCGCUCGACGUGCUGGCCGGGCGCAAAGAGAGCUGGGUGAUGCCGUGGUCAGAAACGAUCCGAGUAUUGGACAUGAUGGAUGAGAUGAGGCGGCAGGGAGGAACGAGAUACGAGGCGGACGGGGAUGAUUGA